AAGCGUGACCACCGCGUCUGUUGGAUGUGGGAGUGUAUUUCUUUGCUCACUUCGGUAACUUGUUAGAGCCAUGUCUCCACAUUUUCAGUUAAUUCUUUUCUUUCUCAUUGCUCUUGGUUAUGAAUGCGAGAGUAGGACAGGAAGGCGAUUGAACAAGUUUAUCAGACACUACGAACCUCUGUACUAUGACCCGACUUCUUUCCACAACAUUCAUCGAAGAGCCGUUGAAAGAAGCACGCAUGGUAAAUUCUCCUUUUCCGCGUUUGGGAAAUUUCAUCGGCUAAACUUGCAACCCGAUAGAGAGAUAUUUACAGCAGAUGCAAAAAUUCUCUCUGGGGAUGGAAAACCGAUACCUUUUGAGCGGGAUUCCGUAGUACGCGGGAAAGUGGAAGGCCGACCGUACUCUGAUGUGUACGGAGUUAUUAGCAAAGAUGAUGGCUUUCACGGAAAGAUAUUGAGUGGAAGCGAGAAUUACUACGUUGAUCCGUCAUCCUGGUAUUUUGAUGAGAAGCAGGAUUUUCCAUCAGUUAUGUACAAAGAGGAAGACCUGGAGUACGAACAUAAUUUUGCAGAUAUCAAACAUAGAGUACCAGCCUCUACGGUUCCAGAGCGAAUUAGACGCUCGCUUGUAGAACAAGACCGUUCCCGUUCUCGUAGACAAAGUGAAUCAGAGCUCGAGAAAAGCGCCUGUCCGCUUAGUCUCUACGCCGAUAACUUUUUCACGAAGUUGUACGGUGGGAAAACCAAGGCGAUCUUUCAGCUCGUCAAGCAAGUACAGGCUGCUCAAAUCAUUUACAUGAACGAAUUUAACGGCACAAAUUACUUCUACCAAAAAGGGAUAACUUUCCGCGUCAGGACCAUCGUUGCCUUCAACGACAGCGAGAAAGCGCCCAACAAUUUGCCUUCCCAAGUAAAAGACAGCAACGUUGGUAUAGAUACCCUUUUAGAUCUCUUCUCUAGCAUUGAUCACAGUGGUGUAUGCGAGGCGUUUCUGUUUACCGAUCGCGAUUUUGAGGGCGGGAUUUUGGGUCUUGCUUGGAUCGGAGAUCCAUCGGGGAAUGCGCUAGGAGGAAUUUGCGAUAAUUUUGUUGAUAUUGGUGGAGGCAAGAAACGAAGUUACAACACUGGUGUCGUGACUUUGAAGCUUUAUGGCAGAUUUACACCUCCGAGAAUUUCAGAAAUCACGUUUGCUCACGAGCUUGGACACGGCUUUGGCUCACAGCAUGAUCCAGAAACUGAAGCUUGUGCACCGGGGAAGCCUGAUGGUAACUUUAUCAUGUUUGACAAGGCAACAUCUGGUAUUGAACCUAAUAAUGACAGGUUCUCACCAUGCAGUAAAGAUAGAAUCAAGGAAAAUGUCAACAAGAAAAGAGAGAAGAAAAAGACAUGCUUUAUUAAACCUGAUGAAGCUAUUUGUGGCAACAAGAUUGUAGAGGAGAAUGAAGAGUGUGACUGUGGGGAUGUUAACACUUGUACUGAAGAUUGUUGCAUUCCAGCAAAUUCAGAUCCCAGCAAAAAAAAUCCUGGCCAGUGCUCUCUUAGAGUUAAAGGGGGUUAUGUUUGUAGCCCGAGCCAAGGACCAUGCUGUAGCAAAACGUGCAAAUAUGAAGGACCUGCAGUUGUUUGCUCUGUCACAAAUGGCUGCACCAAAAACACAUCAUGCAGUGGCCAUUCAUUCAGCUGUGAUCCUCCCGAACCACUUAAGAAUGGGACCCUCUGUGACGAGGGACGUCGCCUGUGUUACUCAGGGCAAUGUUCUACAUCUGUCUGUCAUAGAUAUGGCUUAGUUGAGUGUUCAUGUGAAGUGGAAAGGGAACUUUGUGAUCUGUGUUGCAAGGAAGUAGGAGGAGCAUGUACUUCAGCAAAACGCUUGACACAGAUGGCGACAGAACUACGGUCAUUGAAGUUGGUUCCAGGGACACCUUGUGAUAACCUUAAUGGAUAUUGUGAUGUAUUCGCCAUAUGCCGCCGCGUUGACAUGGAAGGUCCUCUUCUACGUCUCAAGCAGAAGUUCUUCACUGUGGAGGGCCUCAAAGAAACAGUUAAGAAGUAUUGGUGGGCCAUCAUGCUUGGUACAAUUGCCUUUUGUGUCCUCAUUGGACUUUUUGUCUUUUUGUGUGCGCGCUACACUCCAAGCAGCAAUCCUCACAAAGAGGCAAAGAAACCUGCCAAGACACUCCCAGGUCGCAAGAAGCGAAGCCCUCAACAGAGGCCAGGCCAACAGGGAAUGGAAAUGGAGUCACGCGCAUGAAAUGCAUAGUUUUGUAAUAAACUUUUGAUAUCAGAAUGCAGGGCAAUGCUUCAAGAGGUUCCCUACAUGAAUUUUAUUUGAACCCUGAAAACUUGGUUGUAUUUUUAACCUUGGACCCAUCAUAGUUCACUUGAACAAUGUACCAUUGUACAGGUAUUUAAAAUCAGUGAUGUUCUUUGCAUUCCUUUUUUAUGAAAUUCCUCUAUGCCCUUCCAUAUCUUCACAGAAUUGGUAGUCCUUUUUCAAAGCUUGUGAGAAAUUUUUCUCAUUUUGAAAAUCAUAUUGACUUCGGUUUUCCUUUUAUGGAACUUUUGAAGCAUUGACUUCUCACUAUCUUUGGUGUAUAUUUUGUGGUCAUCAGAGAUGGCAGGACUCCUUAUCAAUAGCUUUUCCACUAGUGGGUCUUUUUGAGUACCUGUGAGUGUGUAACAAGUAAUUGCAAGUUCAAUAUAAGAAACAUUGUUUGUACUAAGCAUCUCUAAAUUUGAUACUGAAACUUGGACAGUUUGAAAUGAAAUGAAAACAAAAGCUCAUCUAAAAUCAAUUAAAUUUAAAACAUUUCUUUUUCCCAUGUUUUUGAUGCAAUAGAAGGGGUGAUCUUUGAUUUUCCUCAAAUAGACUUCUUUCAUGAUGGCAGGCAUGAUAAUCACGUGAAUAAGACAUCUUCAACUUUUUUUGAAUAAUAUUUUUUUUCAAACAGCCUAUGGAGGGCAGUUGGGGCUUCAAUAAGUUUUAAAUUAGAUGGCACAAACUCAAAUAGGCAUCUAAUGCAAGUUGGAUGUUUGCUUUAAUGCUGUUGAUUUCAGAGAAAAUAGGCUCAAUUUUGUUUCAGAUAGGUGUUGAAUUUCACCAGUUACUGGCUUUUAUUGAGAUCCCUGGGGAAGAAAGGCUAAUUGACAUAGAUGUUACAAAAGAUUGCAAAUAUGCCAGCCAUUUAUGAAGGAGGUCUACUGGUUUCAAAAUUGCAUCUUCAAACAGAGAAAAAUGCAAUUAAAAUCCUUAUACCCCUGGUCAGAGUUUAAAAAAAACAGCCCCAAAGUGUCUGGCAUGUGAUUUCAUUGACAAGAGUCGGCUCAUGGCCCCCUGUGCCUAUAGGCAAGCAGUGUGACUGCAUGAAAGUUAGUCUUAAUUUUCUAUUUAUUUAGUCCAAGGUUGCAGGAGUUUCACAACUUUGUUGUUGUCUAACCAGUGCGUGUGUCGCUGUUUUCUCAGACAACCUCUCUUGUCUAAUUCUUUUUUCUUGAAUUAUCUAAAAUAUGAGUUGGUAUGUGGACUGAUAUCGUUCCUUGUGGUCAAGGUUUUAUUUAUGUACUAGCAAUGCUGUUGUAAUUGAAACAUUUGUGGCAAUUGUAAGCCACUGGUAGGAAAAAAAAUUGGUUGUAGUAUAUUUUAAUGCUCUGUUAAAACAUUUCUUGGAUGACCAAGCCACUACAAAAUAAUUUGUAACAAACAAGGUAAAUAUGUAGCUUAAGAUAAGUUGCAAUUCUUCUUGUGCUAUGUUAUUUAUAACAAUUUAAAAAAAAGUAAUUUAUAAAAGGUAACUCAAUGCAUAAGACAGUCUGAAAACUCAGUUCUGGCCUUAUGAGCUGUCAUGAACAUUAUUUCGUAAUUCUGUGAACAUUUUCCAUAUGCAUCGGUAGAAUUUUGAGUAAAAAGUUUCCUUUGUGCA